AGUAACGAGAAGGUAUGAGACUAUAAACACAGUCUAUGGAGCAGAAGAAACUGGACUGAAGUGGCUCAUUUUUGGGCCAAAAUGAAGACUAUUGGACUCAUUUCAGUCAUACAGAUCCUCUCGUUGGCCAGCUUGAGUAAUGGCAUACAGAGAGCACCUCGUAUUAUCACAUUAUUGGAGACAGUAGACGUACGACUGGAUCACAAUGCAACCUUCAUAUGUGAGGUAGAAUCCCGACCUUCAGCAGACAUUACAUGGAUCAAGAAUAACCAACCUAUCAUGUACUAUGACUCCCGGUACCUUACUCGGGAGCAGGGACAAAUUCUUAUAAUUCCCCAUGUAAGAGAAAAUGACAACGGGGAGUACUGCUGCCUCGCCAGUAACGGUAUUGGAAAGCCAGCCAAAAGUUGUGGAGCACUGCAGUUAAAAAUGAAACCACAAAUCAAGCGGCAUCCAACAAAUGUGACUCUUUUGGUGGAGUCCAAAGCAGUAUUGCCAUGCAUUACCCUUGGUAACCCAAAACCAGACAUUACAUGGCUGAAAGAUGAUGAGCUUAUUAAGGUCAGUGACCGUGUUAAUAUUCUGGACUAUGGCGCACUGAAGAUCAAUUAUAUUCAGAAGGAAGAUGCUGGACAGUAUCGAUGUGUCGCUAAGAAUAGCUUUGGUUUGGCAUUUUCUAAACCUGCCACCAUUGAAGUACAAGCUCCAGCACGAAUCCUGAGAGUUCCCAAGGAGAAGCGAGUAGUGUAUGGGAGCCAAAUAUCUCUGGAGUGUAAUGCCACUGGAAAUCCAAUUCCCACUGUCACCUGGUUAGAAAAUGGGAAUACUAUCUCGGGUGCAUCAAUUGAUGAGACCUUGGUGGGAGAAGUGGUUUUGUCGGUUCUUAAGGUCACAGUGAAUAAACCAGCUCUUUAUACAUGUCUGGCCUCUAAUAGACACAGUGCAGGAGCUAACACUGUCAAAGCAACGGCUAGAGUGACCGUCGCAGAAUGGAGACUGUACAAGGGAGUUGGAGGCUUCUGUAGUGCGUAUCGUGGAGAUGUGUGCCGCACAAUUUUACAUGAAGAUUCAUUGGUUUUCUUCAACACAUCCAUCUCUGAUCCGGAGGACAUGCAGGAGUACCUGGUUCAGAGCUGGUGGACGGAGUUCGACGGACUCAGUAAACUAUGUGGCCCUGCAGUGCAUUCACUCCUGUGUCAUACCUCCUUCCCUGAUUGUAAUCCGUCAGGAUUGGGACCUGCACCUAAACCUGUCUGCAGGGAGCAUUGCCUUGCGGUGAAGGAACUGUAUUGUCAGAAAGAAUGGUUGAUACUUGACGGUAGCAUGUCCAUCCAGCCUGAACCCAACAGUUCAGCCACAAACUCCAACAUACCCCGUUUGUCAUUGCCCAAAUGUCAAACUUUGCCAAGUCUCCAUUCAGACCCUGACGGUUGUACUCGUGUCCCUUUUGUGGACAUCAAGUCAGAUCAAAUGACAACAACAUGUUACACUGACAGAGGACGUUUUUACCAAGGCAACAUUAACGUGACAAGGUCAGGGAUACCGUGUCAACCAUGGGACCAACAGGUUCCUCACAAGCACCGCUUAUCUGUGGAUGCCAUUCCGGAGUUAAAAAAUUCUGAUAACAGCUGUAGAAACCCAGCAGGAAUCAGCGACAAGCCAUGGUGCUACACCUCAAAUCCCAACAUACGCUGGGAGUACUGUGCUGUACCGCAGUGUGGGGAAGUACGCUUAGGAACAGGCUUUGUUUCAGUGGUUAAACAAGAGCCAACAGGCCCUCGUCAUCUCCCUCCAACAACAGCAUCAUCACCAGCAUACUCCAUGUCUGUCAUUGUUAUCAUUCUGACUGUACUUGCUUCUACGGUCUUCAUCACCAUUGUGAUCCUUGCAUGCCGGCGCCGAAGAAAACAAUGGAGACAGCACAAACGGGAAAUGGAGACCCCAACAAUGACAGCUCUCCCUUCAGAGCUCCUGCUGGAUCGAUUGCACCCAAAUCCAAUGUACCAACGUGUUCCUUUGCUUCUGAACUCCAAGCUGCUGGCUUUAGAAUACCCCAGGAAUAAUAUUCAGUAUGUCCGGGAUAUUGGAGAGGGAGCCUUUGGAAGAGUUUUUCAAGCCAGAGCCCCAGGCUUGCUUCCGAUGGAAACUUUCACAAUGGUGGCUGUGAAGAUGCUAAAGGAAGAAGCCUCAACAGACAUGCAGAAUGAUUUCCAGAGAGAGGCCGCACUCAUGGCUGAAUUUGACCAUACCAAUAUUGUUCGACUCCUGGGUGUCUGUGCAGUGGGUAAACCCAUGUGCCUCAUGUUUGAAUACAUGGCCAAUGGCGACCUCAAUGAGUACCUGCGGCGUCGAUCUCUGACACAGUCCGUGCGGACACUAAGUCGUGCGAGCCUAUCCAUUCGCAGUUUUUCUUCAGAGAUUGAAGCUGGGCAACUCUCUUGCCCCGAGCAAUUGUCAAUGUCCACACAGAUUGCCGCAGGUAUGGCCUACUUGUCAGAGCGCAAGUUUGUUCAUCGCGACCUUGCAACAAGAAAUUGCCUGGUUGGAGAGGAAAUGGUGGUCAAGAUUGCAGAUUUUGGCCUCUCUAGGAAUAUAUACUCAGCAGAUUACUAUAAAGCCAACGAGAAUGAUGCCAUACCAAUCCGCUGGAUGCCUCCAGAGUCUAUUUUCUACAACCGUUACACCACUGAAUCUGAUGUCUGGGCCUAUGGUGUGGUGUUAUGGGAAAUCUUCUCCCAUGGCAUGCAGCCAUAUUAUGGCAUGGGACAUGAGGAAGUUAUUUACUAUGUCAGGGAUGGUCAUAUUCUUUCCUGUCCUGAGAAUUGCCCUCUGGACUUAUAUAAUCUAAUGAGGCUUUGUUGGAGCACACACCCAUCUGAUCGGCCUAAAUUCAGCAGUAUACAUCGAAUUCUGGAGAGAAUGCAUCAAAAUAUGCAGAGCCCAAAUGCUGAUAAUGAGGUUGAAUGUUAACUUUUUAUAUUUACAACAAACCAUUACGAUGUGUCAAAAUUUCCAACCAAGAAACAUAGCUACUUAUUGUGAAGUAUAUGAACAAGACUGGUGGUGCAGACACUGUAAACAUCUUCUUAAUUCUGACUUCCCUGAGGUUUUUGAAAAAAAGAAAAAAAAAAAUCAACAUUGAUUUUGCUUCUGUGAUGCUUGGACAGUCAGCAUGUCUUUAUUUGUGAGAAUAUAGAUGAUGUUAACUAAAGAGGGAUAACGCUGCAAAAAUUCGACAAUUUCCAACCUGAUGAAGGUUCUACCUUUUGGGUGUUGCUGUUGCUGUUUUGUUGCUCAAAAUUAGUUGGACUUGAGUUAGAAUUAGAACUGAGCAAAUCUGUUGGAACAGCACGUUUUACCGCUCUUAAGUCCCUUUCACAAACAUAUCCUGGUAAAUUCCCGUGUAAGGUGACGCGGGAUUUACUCGCGUCAUUGCUUUCGCGCAUGUAGAGAUAUCCCGGGAAUUAUGUGUGUUGGACAGUUACACAGACUUGUCCGUGUUGCCCACUGGUGCUCUCUGCGCGGGGAGGGCUGAUGGCAUGAUUUUAUAACCCGGACAUUACCUCAUUUUUAGUCGGCAUCGACAGUCACAAUGCUGGUUAAAUCGUAUUUUGUUAAAGAGCCAGUUGUGGGAGCGUUCUACUGUCACGGACCUAUUGUGUUAUUCCCCCUUGUUUGUAUUUUUAAAAAACCCUUGAACGUUUCCCUCCAUUGUUUUAUGCUUUGAGGUACAACCUUGUUUCCGCACUUGCGGACCCUAACAUCUGCACCAAAAUAAACCACACAUUUUCAAAGAUGAACGAUGGACUCUCUUCCUCGGCUCUACGAUCCAGUAGCGAUUGAAUUUCAUUAUGUUUUUAGUUUAAUUUAGCUAUUUCCAGCUUGCAAUGUUGAUAAUUGCCAUGUUUGUUUACUGCUUUUCGUUUAACUGCAGUGACAAUCGGCAUGCCAUGAUACUUACGUCAUCAGCCAUCGUGCUGUGACCCGUGAAUUUAACGUUUGUUUUCUCAUACGCCUCGUCCCGGGACUUUCCCGGACAUUAUACUAAGACGCUACCCGUGAAAUGUCCGCGUAAUCUCCGUGUCAGUCGACCUGGUAAAUUGCUUGCACAUACAAGGGCUGCCCGUUUAAAUCCUGGGAUUUUAACGGUGUUUCGGCGUUUGUGAAUGGGGGCUUUAGAAAUAGCAUGCAUAACAUCAAAAUCAGGCAUUGAUUUUUAAAUUGUUGCAGGCCAAACUUUAACCUUCUAAUGUUCAACCUACAUAACAUAUAGUGGCACAGAUUCACUUUACUUCCUGCUAUUUUAUGUUAAAGUGUGAGUAAGUAAUAAUCAUAAGUGUAAUUCCAUUUUGGAUAUUUAUGAUUAUAUUUAUUAUUUAUUUUUCUGUGUUUGACUCAUGUAUUAUCAUACAAAAGAUUUUGGCCGCGGUUAUUGCAGUACUUAACACACACAAGACUUGUAUUCUUUCAUUCAUCUUCCGUUCCGCUUAUCUUCUCAAGGGUUGUGGGGUUUUGGGACCUAUCCCAGCUAACUAACCUACUACUAUAGUACCUGAAUUAUUCUCAAUGAAAAUGAAAAUAUUUAUGUUGUUUCAUUGUUUUUCCUUCUGAAAAAUUUGAACCUAAUUUUAUUUGGGAUUAUAUUUAAUUUAUGAAUUUUACAUAUUAAGAUUCUCACCCUCUGGCCGACUGUAUGUGUA